UUUGCCUUUCGUGCUUUAACACAUUCGAAACUCUUUCGAAAUGUUUCAGUUCAGACAUUAUUUGUUUUACGCCUUUGUUGUUGGCAAUCUGUACGGUAUGGUUAAAUCCCAGGAAAAUAUUGAAUCAGUUUGUGUUUUAAAGGAUGCCCCAAAUCAAUGUGGGGCAUUCUGUCUCUCCGCUCAACUUCCAUUCAUCGAUCACAAUUACAGGGUUCAAAGGCAAUUAAAAUCCCUUACCGAAAUGCUAGAAAGAAUUGAAAAAUCAGCAUUGACGGUGCAAAAAGAAUAUCCGGAAAAUUUGGAAAGAAUUCAACAAAAUCCAUUGAAUUUACAAAAAGAAAAUCAGGCCCAGUUGGACAGAAUUGAAAAAGAAAUACGGGAAUCUAAGGCAUUUAUGGAAAUUAUUCGAAGAGAAAAUCAGGUCAAAUUAGACAGAAUUGAAAAAGGCUCACAGGAAACACAGACAACUAUGGAAGGGAUUCAAACAAAAAGUCAGGCCAAGAUGGACAGUAUUCUGCAGAAGGCCAAGAUCAUCUCGCUUGGCUUCCAGUGGAUAGAAUCUAGAUACUUCUAUAUAGAAAAUAAUGCCAAGCUGAGCUGGACCAGUGCUGAAAACACUUGUCGCAAGAGGGGAGGCCAUUUGGCGGCUUUCGAUAAUCAAAAGGAAUUUGACGCCGUCACAGCGAAACUCCAUCGUAAUACGCCAUACUGGCUGGGCAUUAGUGAUCGAAAAAAAGAGGGCGAGUUUGUCUCUGAAUCCGGAAAUCGUCCAAAAAUAUUGACGUUUGCCCAUGGAGAACCCAACAACCAAGGUGGCAAUGAGGACUGCGUCGACAUCUACAAUGGAGUUAUGAAUGAUUUACCAUGUGAUUUGCAGCGUCAUUUUAUUUGCCAGUUAGACAAAGACGGCGAUAAAUUACAAAAUCAGUUUGCUGGCAACAUUCGCCUUUUGUGGUUCAAGACACUUGAAAAUUUUGAAAUGAUUAAGUUCGGAAUUCUUUUACUUUACGCCUCUUUUGCUUGCAAUCUGUGCGGUAUGGCUAAAUCCCUGGAACAUACGGGUUCAGCUUGUGUUCUAACGGAUGCCCCAAAUCAAUGUGGAGCCUUUUGUCUUUCCGCUCAGCUUCCAUUCAUCGAUCACAACUACAAGGUUCAGGGGCAGUUGAGUUCCCUUACUAAAAUACUAAAUGAAGCCCUGAUAAGGCUGGAAGAAAUAGAAAAGGCACAAAAAGAAUCUGCGGCAAAUGUGGCGAAACUUCAACAAGAAAAUCAGGCCCAAAUGAACAAAAUUGAAAAGGAAUUACUGGAAUCUAAGGCAACUGUGGAGAGGAUUCAACAAGAAAAUCUGGCCAAGAUGCUCAAAAUUGAAAACGUAACACUGGAAUCUGAGAAAACAAUGAAAGAGAUUCAAAAAAUUGUGCAAGAGCACAAGGUUAUACCGCCUGGUUUCCAGCGGAUCGAAUCCAGAUAUUUUUAUAUAGAAGGCGAAAAUAAACAAACUUGGGCUAAUGCCGAGGACACUUGUCGUAAAAAGGGAGGUCACCUGGCGGCUUUUAAAAGUCGAAAAGAACUUGACGCCGUCACAGCGAAACUUCGUGAAUACACUCCAUACUGGUUGGGCAUCAGUGACCAGGAAAAAGAGGGCGAUUUCGUAACUGCCUCCGGAAAUAGACCAAUAUUUUUGGCCUGGGGCAGGGGAGAACCGAACAACCUAAAUAAAAAGGAGCACUGCGUCGACAUCUUUAGGGGAUUUAUGAAUGAUUUGCCGUGUAAUUUGACACGUUUUUUUAUUUGCCAGUUAGGCAGUGAAGUUUAGUUAAACCCAAAAAUAUUUAUUGUCCAUAUUUUACAAAAGCUAAUGCUUAAAACAAUAUUUUAAAAAUUUUAUGUAAAUCAAGAAUAAACCUUUUCAAAAAAAUAAGUGCAAUUAUACAAAUUAUAAAUUUAAAUUAAGCACAAUACACUAAAGGUAUAAUCUUUAAAAAAAUGGUAUAGACACUGU